ACAAUAAUUUGUCUUGGGUCGACAACAAUCAUGGCUACAUUUGUGGUGAUUGAUUGAACAUGAUGAAGAAGAGAGAGGCCUUGAAAUAUUUUCAGGCAUUGGGAAAAACUUUCAAGAUGAAAGAGUUCAAGAAAUACAUCACAAAGAAAGAAGAAAUUGAUUUUUCAUUGGAAGAGAAGGACGGCCAUAUUGUUUACGUUCCUGGCAAGAACAAAUUGGAGGAGAUUCCUGCUGGAUGCAUCUUACACACGCUAAAUGAUCAACUUGUUUCCAAUUUUGGUUUAAACCUCAGUGGAACCUUGGAAUACUUGUCCUUCCCUGAACAUUAUCCCUUAACUUUGGUAUUCAGAUCAGACCAUGGAGAGGAAGGCAAUCAUAUAAAGAAAAAGCUCACGUACCCAGUUCCAGACAAUUUCUUUGGAGAAAUAACACCUUUAACAGAUAAAGAGAUAGAACAUUACACUAAACUAGCUCAGUCUUGGGUCAAGGGACUGUUGGAUGCCUCCACAUCUGAUGAGGGUUUUGAGUAUGUCUGCACCAAGAAUGAUGUUGACGUCUACCAAGGAACAUGGCCUGGUAGUCAGCUUCAUCUAAUCCGUGGUGUUACCAGAGUUAAAGCAUCCAAGGAUGAAGCAAGAGCCCUUAUGAUAUCAGAUACUACAGAAAAGUUCCGACGUCUCUUCCACAUGAUAGAUGCUCAUUUUCAAGAUGGUUUAGUGUUGCAUCAGUUUCCUGCUAAUUACAAAGCCCCUCAAGUACCUUUCUAUUCCAUCAAGUGGGCGGUGAUGGGGUCACCAGGGCCUGUUUGGUUCAGAGAUGUCUGCUGGCUGGAAUAUGGAGACAUAAUCAUUGAUGAAACUGGAAAUGAACUUGGAUUUGGAGUGGGAUCUUCAAUUACUAGACCUGAAUGCCCCACUUUGGAGAAUUACAAAUUAGUGCGAGCAGAAAUCCUGAGUACUGGUUAUGUUUUUAAACAUCGUGUUGAUGACCCAGGAUACAUGGAUAUAAUUUAUGUCAUUCAAGCUGACCCUAAAGGCUGGAUCCCAAAGUGGGCUGUUAACAUGUUUGCAUGGCAGCAAGCACUAAAUGUCUCACGGAUAAGAAAGAUCAUUGAGGGAACACUUGAAGCUAAAGAGAGAAUGUCUCAUCAUGGCAGACAUGGAGCUGAAGUCCAAGGUGUUUUGGUACCUCAUGGUCAAACACACACUGUUCCCAUCAAAGUUACUCAAACUCUCUCAAGGAUCUCGUUUGGCUUUUGUUCAAAUCACUAUGACAUAGGUUGCUACAUAUCAGGUUUACCAGCAGGCAGAGAAUGGAGUAAAAGCAAGAGAUUUAGCUCUAAUGUUACUCCAGUGAAUGGUCAAGUGCUGGUAACUGAUGUUGGAGAAUAUACACUGGUGUUUGACAACUCUUACAGCUGGUUCAAAUCCAAACAGAUUUACUACUGGUACCAUUUGAGUUCUAAUGAGGGCUCCUCUGAAUCAUAGCAGCUUUGUCGAGACUGCUUGUCAGUAAGAACUUAAAAUGGUUAAAAUGUGAUACUUUAGAUUACGUGCGUUGUACAGAAUCUUCAUUCUUUAACUUCCAAGAAGUGACAAAUUCUUAAUUACUUUGGUGGUUUUGUAUUUUCUUGUCAACUGGGAUUGAUCAGGUGAUAUCUUAGAUUGGUUUGUUCACAAAAGUUUAUAAAGAGUCCAACCAUCUAGUUAGAAAAAUUUCAGAGUUUAUUAUAUUAUGUAUAGUUGGGCUACUGUAAUUUAGAUGUUUAGGAAUAUUAGUAUGAAAAUUCCAUCACUAAGGAAGCCAUGAUGUUAUUUAGAAACUGAUGACAAUUGUCAGUUGAAGUGUAUGAAUUAACUUGCGACUGAACCCCAGGAAUAUUGAAUUCAGAAGUUAUUUUAAAACUUUAAAACCAUUGUUUUUGUCAUAUAUUUUUGUACACAGUUUAAGUUAUUACUAACAACAAUGUUAAAUGCAGAGAUCUUAACAUUGUUCAUAUCUCACCAAAAUACAUCAAAAUAUACUGUGUUGUAGAAUGCUGUGGUUUGGUGACUUAAAUUUUGUUCCUUCAAAAUAGAAUAAAUACCCACAAGACAGCAAUGUGCUCAACCAAAAAGCAUGCAAAGAAAGGUUUCUCAGUUUAUUUACAUUCUUGUGCCUCAAGAAGAAAACCUUUUUCAUCAGCAAGGCCUUGACACUUACAGAAACUCUGUAGUCUUAAAGAAAACUUGUUAACAUGUAUUUUGAAGUCCUUACAAUAUUCUUUCACAUGAGUUUAUACACUGUAAACUAGGAACAUAUAUGUGAGAUGUGAGAUAAAAUGUGGAUGUUUGAAAAUUUUAAAAGUAGCAAAGAGAUGAAAUAAAUUGAUAACUAUUAUAUCUCAGAGUUAGUGAAAAAAUGACCUCUAAAAGUCUGUUAAUCUAAGUCUUGCAACAGAAAUAAAUUAAAAUGGUUAUAUUUAUUUAUGGAAGUAACAGAAUUUGUACUAAAAUUCUGUGAAAGAUGUCAUGUUCUUGACAACUAAAGAGAAUGAACAUGUACAACAUGUCUUUUGUUGUGUGUUGUGUCACCAAGAAUUUCUGAAGAUUCUGACUUUGCAGGCCAGGAGACUAAGAGCAAUGCAGAUGUGUAUUAUGCUUGCAAUUCUCCAAGAUAUAUCUUCUUGUCACUUCCACAGGACAUCACUGGAAUAGAAAAGAGAGUUCUUUUAAAGCUUGCUAAUUUAGGGGUAAAUCUGUCAAAUUCAAUGAGUUCUUUGCUCAUA